AUGAAGGGAUAUACUAUGUACUUGCAUCUCUUUUACCGUAUUUCUAAUGGGCAACUUGUCUCGGCAAAAUGUUGGGAACAAGACACUCUUGCUGAGAGUAGCUGUGAGGUCGAGCUGAUUGCAGCGAAUACUGGGAUGCAUGAAGCAGUUUGGCUGGAGCAAUUUGCGGAUGAGUUAGGCUUGGAGAAAGAGACUACAACACUAUAUUGUGACUCAAAUAGUGCCCAUGGGCUAAUGAAACAUGCUGAAAAGCUUCGCAGAACCAAGCUGGUCAAUAUCAGUGACCUCAAGAUUCGCGAGUACGUGAAAGCGGGGAGUAAAGCUAGAGCCCGUUAA